AUGCAUUCGGAAUACAGGACUCUUUACUCCAGAACCCCCCGCUCCUUCCUCUUCGCCGUCGUCGCCAACGUCGGCCCCGGCGGCGCCAGCCGCCCCCUGGCCGUGGCCUACCGCCAGCACCACGAGGAAUACAACAUGAAGAUAUCAUGGCCACGAGUGCAGCAUGUGGUAACCGAUACCCUCGGGCUUAUUGAGAUUCUUUCGGACCCCGCGAACCGCGCGCUGCUGGAGGCAGAGAGGGCGCUCGCGGAAGACUGGUAUCGUCGGUCUCCGGGGCACCACGAGCCUCCGCUUCAUGAGCGGCCCAGCGUGCCCGACACCGCGCAGCCACCUUUCGUGCCCUGGAACAGGCGUUGGGAGCGAGUCCAACAACAUCCCCCGCUGCCGUGGCGUGAUGACGGCCUCAACCAGUUCCCCUUCACCGCGACCUGCGUUUUGCUGGCGUUGUUGCGCGACGAUCGUCCUGCUGACGCCACCCGCCCCAGCGACGUCCAGUUCCAGCCGCUAUCAACGGUGUUCCGGGCGGACUGCACUGAAUAUGGCCUGGUCAUCGUUGACAUCUCCGACCUCGACAGUGGUGUCAAGUACGGCAUUGUUGCGUUUCCCGUGGACUACAUGGCUGAGGUUCAGUCCCGCGACAAGUUCUUCGACUGGGAUCCCGUCGAAGACCCCCAGCCGGAAAAGGAGCCGGAUGUUGUACUUGUGAGCUCGCGGCCUCGAGUGCUGUUGUCGAUUGCUCAGUGGGCAGGGAAAUAUUACAGAUGGUCGGGCCUGGAAGACCACCCCAGCAUCCUCCGACUGGAAGGGAGGCCGCUGGCUGAUGCGGCAGCCUUGGAUUACUUCAGACCGUCAAAGAAAGCCAGGUCCACCCCCCGAUCCAUGGUAGGCUACACCAUAGUAGACGAACCGCCGCGACAUGGAUCCAUGGACCGCGCAAAAGAGGAUGGAUCAACCACAAGAGCCUCGAGCGUGACCAUAUCAGAAGAACCGCCACAAACUGUCCCAGUGGAUAUGGACCGCACUAUUGAUGAUCUGCUGCUUCUCACCCAGGAGCCCGUAUCCCCUCCCCUCGAGAAACAAGCGCUUGCCCACCUUCAAACGCUGGUCCCGUUUAGUGAGAGGCUGCGGCAGCGACUCGAAGAGGUGCCUGACAGGCUCGGUCCCUCCACGAUCUCCAGCCAUGUUCUGCGCGUGGCAUACACUGAACGCAGUCACCUCAACUGGGUGUCGUUUAGCAACCUGCUGCCUCGCGUGAUUGCGGCCGCUGUUGCAUCGGAUGAGCUUCGCGGUGCGUCUGCGCUCAGCCUCUGCGUCGAUGCGUGGGCAGGAGAUGAGGAGGAGGGUGAGUCAGACCUCGUUGAUCUCGCUGCGGCCCUGGCGCAGUCCACAAGCCUGCAGCAGCUCUGCUUCUUGCAGCAACCGGACCGGAACCACGAUGAGGUCUCCGCUCGUUUCUGCUCGCAGCUGCUGCGGCUGUGGGGGAGGGCAUCAGGAGAAGACUGGGAGUGGCUCCGGCCGAAAACUAUCUAUUCGACCUCCGGAUUUUUAACCGGUUUGCGGAGCCGCAAAUCUCUCACACCAUCCUCGGUGAUGGGGUUGGGUUCCUACUUCAACUCAUCAGGUGCCAGGGUCGUUCCCAUGGUCCACCUGUUCACGUUUGAAUGUCCCCUGUGUGAUGAUGUCCCAGACUCAGUUGCAGACCCCCACGUCCGCCAUGCUCGUAGCAGGUACAGACGCUACUACUCCAUUGACAAUACUGGGUUAACCGCCGAGAACUUCGCCAUCCGAUUCCUAGGAUUCCUCCGGGCGUUGGGUCCGUAUUCAGAUCCCGACAAGGCCAUCUUGCGAGUGGCAUAUCAUGGGGCUUUCUCGUCGCUUGCUUCCAUGGACGACGACAGCGAGCAACACCGCCGCAAGCACGGCUGGUCUCCGCCCCGGAGACCGCCGCCACCAUCGCCGCUCCGGUCAUCGCCAGAUCCAUUGGGCGUGAGACCCAUCCCCGCCGGAUUUUUCGACUAUGAGCUCGCCCCUGACGACCCGUCCAGAGUUCGACUCGGGGAUAUCCCCCCUGGGAACUGGGUGGUUCUUGUGGAUCGACGAGACCGCAGUUGCCGGGCUUGCGACGACACCACCUUCCUACAAUACUCUUUCAUGAGAAUCCGUCAACCCUCUGCCGCGAUUGCGCCCAAGCAGCAAUCUAGCUCGGUCAAGAUAGUUGGCGGGCUGACCGACUUCCUACGCGAAACCGUGCCGGGGACUGAGAUUGCCACGUGGGAGAAAGGGGUCGAGGAGAUAGAGAAAGAUUUGGUUUCAGCUUUAACGAGACCGAGUCCACCCAGCACCCCGUCAUCGCCUGAUUUAGCGACGAUGCUGGAACGGGCGAACGAGUCGUUCAGGCGUUUGGCCGAAGCUUCAACUGGGACGAGCGCAUCUACCCCUCCGCCCGAUAUGGAUCGUCCCACGUGGGAGAAACAGAUGCAGGAGGUAUACAGGAAGUUGGCUUCUUAUUCAUCUCCGAUAAACCCACACGGCACCCUGCCAGAGAGUGGCAUUUCCACUGGGGAGGAACCGGUUGUGGAUGAGGAGAGGGAACGCUGCAUCGGCAUCCGCGUCAUGGAUGAGAGCUGGGCUUACACUUUGCUGGAGCAGUUAUGCUGA